AUGUUUCUCAGCAAAUGGAUGGGCGAUGCAGCAAUAAAAACGGUACGUAGCCCACGGGCGAACCCGUUUCUCGACUACAUCAAGGAUUUGGAUAAAAGGAAACCGUUGAAGCAUUCGUAUCCGGCGGACUUGCUAACUAAAUUUGAUUACGAAUUGAAACAGAUUCAACCUUAUUUGUAUGCUGGAUUCGACCCUACGGCAGAAAGUCUUCAUGUGGGAAAUCUAUUAAUUCUUCUCAACUUGAUUCGAUCUCAACAGUUUGGUUUACGCCCAAUCGCUCUCAUCGGAGAGUUUACUGCGAGCAUUGGAGACCCCAGCGGCAAAAAAUCAGAAAGAGAUUUGCUGCCUUCAGAUGUUAUUGUUUCGAAUGCUCAGAGUGUGACCGAACAGGUUCGGAGGAUAUUUGCCAAUGCUUCCAGCGACACCGAACCUCCAAUCAUAGUCAACAAUAAUGAUUGGCUCGAAAAGGCCGCGCUGCGAGAUUUCUUUCGGGAAUGUAAAAGUAUGCAGCUGGGAAAAAUGCUUCGGAUGAAAACAAUCAAAAAUCGUUUGGAAAAAGGUCUUUCUUAUACCGAGUUCAGUUAUCAAACUAUGCAAGCAUACGACUGGUAUACAUUAUCUGAAAAAUUCGGCUGCCGAUUUCAACUGGGAGGAUAUGAUCAGCUAGGCCAUCUUGACUUUGGAGCACAUUAUAUCAAGAAGAGAUGUAACCAAUCUCAAGGAACUGAUAACGGAUUCGCGGCUGGAGUUUGUUUCCCGAUUCUAACCGAUUCAGCCGGUAACAAACUCGGAAAAUCAGAAGGAGGAGGCGCACUUUGGCUGGAUCCCAAGAAAACAUCACCAUUUCAUUUAUACCAAUUCUUCGCACAAUUGCAUGACGACAAAGCCGAAGAAUUGCUGCUUCUUCUCAGUUUACGGAAUUUCGAAGACCUAGAGAGUUCUUUGGUGAAGCACAGGAAAAACCUAGGGAAGUGGAUCGUCCAGACGGAGUUAGCGAUGGAAAUCACCAAAGUUGUUCAUGGAGAAGAAGGGUUGGAUACAGCGUUACGGUGCACAAAAGCAAUGUUUGGAAGUAAAAAGGCUGAUUUGACGGGUUUGUCAAAGGAAGAAGUACUACAAAUGUUCCGAACAACAGUCGAUCUAAAAAAAGAAGAGGUAAUUUCAAUGGGUAAACUAGCGGAUUUGACUCGAUUUGGAAGUGGUAAGGGGCAUUUAUUGAUGAAAAAUGGAGCGUUCUCUGUAAACGGAGCGAAGAAAGUUGACCCGACGGAAUCAAUCAAUAGCCUAUUGUCUGUUUUGCCAGAACUUGAAGAUCUCACUCUUAUUCGUUGGGGUAAACGGGACUAUCAAUUAGUCCGCUGGAUUUGA